UAUAGCAAAACCAACGCCUAUCGACCUAUUGGUCUGAUCUCCGUCUUGGGUAAAGUAUUGGAACGAAUAAUGUCGGUGCGAAUCACAAGCCAUCUGAUAAGCAAUGGCCACAUGUCAGAUUAUCAAUAUGGUUUUAUAGCUGGCAAAUCUACUGAUCAUGCAUUACUGAAUCUACACAACGACCUCGAAUCAGCCAUCACCAGAUUUAAGCACGUCUGUCUAAUUUCGCUCGAUAUCAGAGGAGCUUUUGAUCACACGUGGCAUCCAUUCAUCAUAAAUCAACUGGUGAAUUACCGAACACCGAAAUACUUAAUCCACCUGAUCAAUGCCUACCAGAAUGACAGACGAAUCACAGCCAGCUUCGGUGGCGUUACAUGUAAUAAAACAACCAACAGAGGUACAGUACAAGGAUCAAUUCUUGGGCCAUUGAUGUGGAAUCUGGUGGUGAACGAUCUCCUGUGCAAAAAUUUCGGUCCUGAUGUCAAGAUUCAAGCUUAUGCCGAUGACGUCACCAUGGUUGUUGCCUGUGACUGCUUUAAAUAUAUGUCGAUAAAAAUAAAUAAAAUACUAGAGAAGGCGGCGAACUGGGGACGUAAAUGCAAAUUAACGUUUUCAGAAUCAAAAACAAAAAUAAUGUACGUGUCGAAAAAGAUCCGCCGCCCAAUUUACCCACCAGUAAGAAUGAAUGGUUCAACUAUCAUCCCGGUAGAUGAUAUAAAAAUUCUGGGAAUUAUUUUUGACCGAAAACUGGACUAUCGACCACAUACCAAACACGCCAUCGCCAAAGCCAUAAGGAUCAACAAAGCUGUCACUGGUAUUGCCCGUAAAUCACACGGUCUAAGUCCUCAGGUGUUGAGAAUGAUUUACCACAGCAUCACCGAACCGAUAAUGUCCUAUGGUGCUUUAAUUACCGGCAGAGCUGUUAAAUAUCAACAUAUCCAAAAGCUGCUCAGACAAAUGAUAACACCGAUGGCACAACAAGCUGUAAAAGGCUACAGAUCAUCUUCAUACAUUUCAGUCACAGCACUGGCAGAUUUUCCACCUGUUGAAUUAUUCAUUGCAUUCAGAGCAGCAGUAGCCACAGCCAGAACAACAGGUCUGUAUAAAUUCAAUGAUUUACCAAUUGUGGUAGAUAUAAAUGAUAAUCUAAAUAACAACAUUACGAACAAAAUCACCACCAUCAUCAAAGAGCCAUCAGCAUCACCUCCGACCAGAAUUAUAAUCAAAUCAAUCAAAACAAUAAAUGGCGUCGGUACGGCCUUCAUGAUUUUCAACAACGAGAAUAUUAUCGGCAUCAAACAUCAUCGUCUGCCACCAUAUUGCAUGAUACAACAAGCUGAUCUCUUUGCCAUGUUAAAAGCAACAGAUUGGAUAAACGAAAACUGCAGACAUUGUAUCGUAUAUAUCAUCACCAACAACAUAAGCACAGUUCAACACAUCAAUCGAAUUGACAAGAAAAACCGACAAAGAAUGGCAAAUGAAUUAAUCAACAAGUGCGUAGAUAAUAUCGUGAUCGCAUGGAAUAAAGUGGAUAAAACGGAAUCAUGGUAUCACAAGCUUAAAAAAUACGCAAAAACAACAGCCAACAACCGUCUACGUGAUUAUGAUUAUACCAAAAUGCCCAUCAAUUUCAUCAAAAAACACGAACACAACAACAUGAUGAUAAAUUGGAAUGCCAAGUAUCUAAGGGACCGUUUUGGCACGAAUAUCAAAAAAUUAUGUCCAAAUCUACAUGAUGCACGUAAGUAUGUUCCGUUCAUCAACAAAUACGUCACCCAGACGCUAACUGGUCACGGACAAUUUGGGGCAUAUCUGUCAAAGUUUGGUACAUCGCACGAUAAAAGAUGCUGCUGUGGAUUCCACUUCCAAUCAGUUCAACAUCUCAUCAAUGAUUGUCAAUUGCUGAACCGCCUAAGAUCGGAUUAUCGAAAUUCAAUCAACAAUACCGAUGAUCCAAAAGAAAAAACCAGAUUAACGGCGAUCUUCUACGAGAAUAUUGCUAUGUUUGCAGAUGAACAAAGAAGAUCAGUUCAUCGCUUACAUCCACCGUAA